AACGUGAUAAGGGUUCCGUUUAUGAAACAAUAUAAUAUUCCACAAUUUGAAUUCAGCCAAGCUCACAUGUUUUUCUGGGAUAAGAUUGAGCGAAGCAACCUUUUCUUGAAUGCAAUAGUGACAACAGCAAAAGAUGGUCACUUUUUAGACUCCAGAACAGUCUCACAUCUACUAAAACUCCGAGAAUUUGCCAUUGUUUUGCAUAAUAUGGUGACCAAUAACGAAACGGAUAGUAAUAUUUCUGACCAGAUCGAAAAGGAUAUGUGCAUUGUGUUCCGAAUCGUUGGAAUAUGUUUGGGCAUUCCGAAGCAGACGUUCAAGUGGCAUUAUCGCAUAGGUUCUGAUGAACCCUUACUGUAUGAAUACUUUACGCCGCUCGAGUUCUAUAACACAAUGGUCCGCCCGGUUUUUCGCAUUGAAGAUAAGGUCUCUCUGAUAUCCGACCCAAGAGCCAACAUAGAAUUCGGUCGGCUGUACACGUUGGAUUUGAUUGGGAGCGUCGAGGAGGGUUCUAAAAUCUUGCGUAACAAUCAACCAAUUGAAGUACUGUUGGARGCGUGCAAAAAAUCGAUCGCCACGCUCGACGAACCGGUUUGGUACAGUUGCGAAGUGGACCAGAGAUUUUCAAGCGAACUUGGGUUCGAAGACUUAAAAAUACAUGACAUAGAAUCAUUGUUUGGUACCGACAUAUCAAUUCCAAUGACCAAAAGUGAACGGAUUUUAUACCAUGAUUCAUCUCCAACGCACGCAAUGGUAUUGUCUGGAUUCCACGAAGAAAACGAUGAAGUUACACGGUGGCGUGUUGAAAAUUCUUGGGGUAAACGUAAUACGAACACGAAUGGAUUUAUAAUGAUGACUACUGAAUGGUUUAAAGAAUAUGUUUUUGAAGUCAUUGUUGACAAGAGUUUACUGCCAGAAUGUGUUCUGGACGUAUAUAAUCAGGAACCAAUAGUAUUACCGAUUUGGGAUAAACUUGGAUCUCAUAUUUGUUAG